AUGGAAAGUGAAAUGGAGCUAUUUACAAGAGCUUUUGCUGAGGAGGCUCCUUUGAACCAGGGCAACGAGGGCUGCGGGCAGGAGCCGCAGGAGCCUGGGGCCCAGCUGUGCCGCCUCGUUACGAUGACCAGCGUGGUUGAGACGGUAUACACUCUGCAACCCCCCGCUGUGCAGAGCGGCGGCCUGCCGGCAGACACACAAACUCGAGCCACUUCUAAGAGUCUAUUACCCGUUAAGUCCAAAGAAGUGGAUGUUUCCAGACUUCAUUCAGGAGGUUCAGAGAAUGAUGUUACAAAAAUCACCAAACCGAGACGAGAGAAUGGGCAGGUAAAAGCGGCAGACACUGCCAUGAGGAGGAACAUCAGAAAGAGCUGCAAACCGCCGGGUAAGCAGAAACCAGAGGAAGAGCUCAAGGAUAAGAACCAGCUCUUAGAGGCCAUCAACAAGCAGCUGCACCAGAAGUUGACUGAAACUCAGGGAGAACUGAAGGACCUGACCCAAAAGGUGGAGCUGCUGGAGAAAUUUCAGGACAACUGCUUGGCAAUUUUGGAGAGCAAGGGCCUCAACCCAGUUUUAGGCUGUGAGACCCUGGCAUCACACGAAUGGGAAUCCGCCGCAGAUCACACAGACUCUACGUUGCUGUUAGAAACUUUGCAAGAUGAGCUGAAGUUUUUUAACAAAACGGCCAAAAAGCAGAUGGAAGAGUUACAGGCCUUAAAAGUCAAGUUGAAGAUGAAAGAAGAAGAGAGGGCCUGGUUCCUAGAACAGCAGACAUUAUGUAACAAUCAAGUAAAUGAUUUUACAGCAGCCCUGGAGGAAAUGGAGCAGCUAUUAGAAAUGUGA